AUGGAAGUUAUGUUGGUUAAUGCAUCAGCAGUAAAAGUAAGCUGGGAAAAGCCAUUGUAUGCAAAUGGUGAUAUCAUCGGAUACUAUGUUUAUAAGGAUCGAUUAUUAAACGGUGAACCGAUCGAUGAUAAAUUACAACGAGCUAUCAUCUAUGAUCAACAUAAAACACAUACGUUAAUCACAGAUCUUGAACCGAAUACGGAGUAUUCAUUCCGAGUAAAUGCUUUCAACAGGCAUGGUGAUGGCGAAUUUAGUGCAAGCAAAAAAAUUCUUACGGGUGGAUUGCCUCCGUCAGAACCACAAACUCAUUCCGUUAAUUUGCUCAAUGAUGAAGCUCCGUUGCGGGCACGUGUUGAUUGGAAACCACCAAAGUUCACAUACAAUUUGCCAAUUAACAAAUAUCUGAUUUGGUACAAACCUUCCGAACAUAUCGAUGCACGUAAGAUUGAAGUACCUGGCACGCAAAAUUUUGCUAUACUUGAUGGUUUAUUUAUGGGACGAUUGUACGAAAUUAAUAUAGCAGCGGAAAAUGAUGAUGGCGUGGGUGUGAAUGCGACAGAAUGGUUAACAACACCGGUUGGAAUACCGGAAACUGAACCACUUAAUGUACGCUACGAAAUUAGCGCUGACCAGGUAGGAUUAUGA